UCCGGGUCAUGAAACUUUUUAUUUUCACAUGACUAAAACAAUCAAAAGUCAUCAAUGUCUCUUCAUCAAAUUGUAAACAAACCAAAAUCUGAUUAUGUUGUUAUUUAAGGUGUUUGUUUUUCAGUUAAGUUGUUAUAAUCAUCAUUUAUUAUUAGAUCACCUUAUUUAUUAAUGAAUUCUAGAUAAUAUCGAAUCUAUUUGCUUAAAUGUCUGUGACGAGUCCACAGACUCCAAGUGGGGUGACGCCCACAAAUGACUGGGAGUUCGACAGAUUUGACGAUGGUUCUGUCAAAAUCGUUGGUGAGCUGCAACUUAAAAAGUAUGGGAAUUUUUUAGAGGAAUAUGCCACUCAACUGAAAGAAAUUGAGGAUGCCCUUGAUGACACCAUUGGCGAUGCCUGGGAUAUGUCCCUGGAUCCUAUUUCUAUGCAGAUUCUUCCUUAUGAACAGACAACACUGCUGCACUUGAUUCGAACUGAUAAUAAAAUUCUUAACAAAGUAUUAACUGUGUUAGCUGCCCUUUGUUCAGAGAUUGAUGCCUUGAAACAUGAAGCCAAUACAAAGUUCUACCAUGCUUUGUUACUUUAUGGGGAAGGAGAGCCUGAGGAAGGUUUGGAGGAAGGGGAAGCACAGAUUCAAAUUGGUCGCAUGUUUUCACUUCUGCAGGAACUCUCCUGUUUUAUAUCUCGAUGCUCAGAGGUAGUUAAAGCAGUCAUGAGACAGUUGUCAUGUCUCUAUACUAACAAACCAGGACCCAAAAUGAUUGAUGUUACAGAUGUUCACUUUCAGGUUGUAUUUGAACAUCUGGCUGAUCUACUGACCAUACUCAUCACUCUUGAUCGCAUCAUUGAGCUUCAUCCCUCAUUGAAAGAUCACUGGACCCUUUACAAGAGAAUGGUAAAAUCUGUACAUCAUGACCCAAGCAAAUUUGGUGUUCCCCAAGAAAAAGUCAGACCUUUUGAGAAGUUGAUGAUGACAAUUGAAGGAAGAUUGCUGGAUGGAAUGAUAUUUCAAAACUGUGUGGAACAACCUUUUGAUGAUGAGAAAGUCAAUGUCUCUAAAAAUGGCACAUUUGCAGAGGAGUUUGCAAUCAAUCUCAGGGACUGGAUCGUUGAACUAGAUGCCAGAAUUGGAGAAAGCAAUGAAACAGAACAUCGCUAUAAAUAUGUUGGAGCCAUAGGACUUUUUAUUUUACAAUUUCAAAUCUUCAGAACCAUAGAUAAACGCAUUUUUAAGCCAAUCUGGGAUGUCUAUCGCAAGAUUCCAUGUGUGCAUCUUAUUGGCAAUGUGGUCUUCUUUCCAAAUGAGUUUCUGUUAAUCAGACUUCCUAAAGCCAGUCAGUUUUUAGAUAAAAAAUCCCAGCAAGCAGUUACGCAACAAAUCCAGGGAUGGCUAACUUCCCGCAACCAAUUACUCACCAGAGACCUGCAGACCUACAGUACUACAGUUGCUGCUUGGAUGGUCAGGAUGGAGUCUAGUCUAGAUGGGGGCACAUUGAUGGAAGAUUUAAACAACAGAUGUGUCUUGUUCAUACAGGGUCUUCUUCAUGCCUAUAACAUUAGCCACCUUGUAAGGACAGUCAUGAACCUUCAAGUGGCCCUCAGCAAACCAAUGUCCAAAACAGCAGUGCUGUCUUUGUGUAGGCUUGUUGAGCUACUCAAGUCCAUUGAGAAUACAUUCCAUCGCAGAACAAUGCUGAUUACAGAGUUUAUUAAUCACAUAGUCCAGUUCCUGUGCCUUAGAGCUCUCAAUGCUAUCAGUACAGCUAAGAAGCGUAUUAUGUCAGACAAAAGAUAUAGUGAGAAAAGGCUAGAUGUGUUAUCUGCCUUAGUUUUGGCUGAGGCAGCUUUGCAUGGACCAGCAAGCAAAGAAAGACGGCUUGUUGUGAAACUAGCUAUGUCUGUUGGAACUAAAAUGAAAUCCUUCAAGGAUGAUGAACUGCAAAGUUUGGAUGAUACACUUAGACGUCUUGAUUUGAUCAGUGAGCUGCAGGUCAAAAUUAAAGAAGCCUGUGACUGUAGUUUCAUUUACUGGCAUAGAGUUGUCUUACCCUUGUACUUGGAUGACCUUUGUGACAAUGUGACAGAUACACACAGAGUACAUUACAUGUUCACUGCCCUUCGAGACUGUGUCCCACAAAUGAAUGCUACUAGGCACUUGGAGUCUUCUCAGAAGCUAAAAGAGACUUUUGAUAAAGAGAUAACUAAAAAUGUUCAGGAGCAUUUGUUGGAUCCUUUGUGUCGAUCCAUAGAAACAGAUCUCCGUCUUCACAUUCACCUUCACCUUCAGCUUGAUGAUCGCAACCCUUUCAAAGUUGGCCUGCGUGACUUGUCCCAUCUGCUCAAAGUAAAGCCUAUUCGUUUCUUUGACAGAACCAUUAAUAUAAAGUCCCAUGUUGAGCAUUAUCUGAACAAGACAUUCUACAACCUGACCACAGUAGCCUUACAUGACUGGAAGACCUAUGGUGAGAUGAAGAAUAUGGCUGAACAGAAGUAUGGAUUGACUCUUAUGGAAUCACAUCUACCCAGUCAAACUUUAGAACAAGGGUUGGAUGUCUUGGAAAUUAUGAGAAACAUUCAUGUCUUUGUUUCUAAAUAUUUGUAUAAUUUAAACAAUCAGAUUUUUGUGGAGAGAACUAGUAACAAUAAACAUUUGAACACCAUCAACAUUCGUCACAUAGCCAACUCUAUCAGAACACACGGCAUUGGCAUCAUGAACACAACAGUAAACUUCACAUUCCAGUUUUUAAGGAAAAAAUUCUACAUCUUCUCUCAGUUCAUGUAUGAUGAGCACAUUAAGUCUCGUCUCAUCAAAGAUUGGAAAUUUUUCAAAGAGAAUCAUUUAGAGACAGAUCAAAAAUAUCCAUUUGAAAGGGGAGAUAAGUUCAACAAAGGCAUUAGAAAGUUGGGUCUCACUCCAGAUGGUGACAGCUAUUUAGAUCAAUUCAGAAUCCUGGUCACACAGAUUGGCAAUGCCAUGGGCUACAUUCGUAUGAUUAGGUCUGGGGGCCUUCACUGCUGUAGUAAUGCUAUACGCUUCAUUCCUGAUCUUGAGGACAUUGUCAACUUUGAAGAAGCUUGCAAGGAAGAAAAUUUAUCCAAGGAAACUCAGGCAGCAGCCCAAAUACUAGACAAUGUGAUCAAUAAUUUAGCCAAAAAUUUUGCUGAAGGUACAGAAUAUUUCAAGAUCCUUGUGGAUGUUUUUGCACCAGAAUUUAGAAAUUCUAAAAACAUGCACCUGAGAAACUUUUUUGUCAUACUUCCACCACUGACCAUUAACUAUGUGGAACACUCGAUCAGCUGCAAAGAAAAAAUGAAUAGAAAGAACAAAGUAGGAGCAGCUUUCACAGAUGAUGGAUUUGCCAUGGGUGUGGCUUAUAUUUUGAAGCUGCUUGAUCAGUAUUAUGAAUUUGAUUCACUUCAUUGGUUCCAGUCUGUUAGAGAUAAAUUCAAGAAAGAUAAGGAGCAAGUAUUAAAACAAUCCAGCAACAGGUCUGAUGAAAAACUCCAGCAAACAAUGUCACUGACAGUCAAAAGACUGGAACAGUACUUGCAGGAAUAUGAGCUGCUGUUCUAUUCUUUGAGCAGUGCUAGAAUCUUUUUCCGAGCUGACCUCACAGCUGAAGAAGAAAAACAGGAUGCUGGGUCAAAAGAUAAAGAUACAGACAACAAUGAUGGUCAGUCUACAUCCGCUGGACAACAAUCAACAACAAAUGGCUCAACACCAGCUUCUGUCACACCGGCUGCAUCAUCUUCUGGACCACCUCCUCCACCCGCAGGAAGUGCACCACCACCACCUCCUCCGCCACCCCCACCACCUCCACCCCCACCACCUCCACCACCACCAAUGUAAGAGGACAAUUGAAAGAAAAAAAGCUAUGUAUAACUAUUUACAGUUUAAAAUCAACUAAGUAGUCAUUCUGAGCACUGAACAAAUAACACUAUUGCUUGUUCUUUAAAUUACUUGAUAUUAAUUUCACCUUUUGUAGACCUAGACAUGCUUUGAUAAGUUGCUAUUCUUUAUUGUAUCAAUGCAUUUUUAAGAGAAAUUAAUCAACAAUUGUAAAACCUUUUUGUUGUGAUCCGAUCUGUUAUUCUAUUGGUUUUGUCUUUAAUUGUAGGCCUUUAAUGUUUGCAUAAUAUAUUUGUUACUAUGUUUUGUUAUAUUAGCAAGCAAGAUUUGAGUUCAUCUAUUCAAGACUUUAUCUGUCAUAAAGUAUACAGUCUUAGAGAUUUUGUUUUAUCAACAAAACACAAGUAAACAGAAAUAAGUUAACUGAUGCCAUUUUCUACUUUGGGAAAUUAAAUAAACAUUUAUGAAAAUUGAAGAGCUCCAAGUGUGGAAUUUUGUACAAAGUAAUACAAGUAGGCUAAACUAUAAAGAAAAAGAAAAAUUUCCAUCAGUUAUGUUCAUUGCUUGCUUUUACACAUUUUUUCUUUAAAAAGAGAAUUACAACCUCCUCUAUAUUAACCUAGGCAUUAACAAUCAUACAUAAUAGGUGAGAGUCAACAUUUUUUUUUGUUUGUGCUUAUUCUUGAAAUGGAAAGUAAGAAUUGUAUGUUUAUAUUCACAUUUUUUAUUAGCUCAUGUUGUGUAUUUAUAGUUUAUAGUCUAAUAUUUUAUAACUAUAAUUAUACAGAAUUACUUUAUGAUAUUGCCAUGUAUAUGUCUGCAGUGUAGACUGUAUUAUGCCUUAUAAAAAAUGAUUGAAGAUGAGAAGGUGACCUACUUUAUUGUGUAAUGGCAUUUAAAUUUAGGCUGAUUUUGUAUAUAAUAAGUUGUAAACUUCAUUAUUUCCCAAUCCUUCUAUCUCAUGUGAUGCUGGUCCAGUAAGUGUGGGUAGGAAUGGACAAAUCAUUGGUGGCUAUUGAGUGUAUGUAAAUCUAGAGGUGUUUUUUUUUCUGAAAGUCUCAUUUUUUCUUUCAUUAAAUAGAGCAGAAUCAUUUCUAUUAUAGAUUUGUUUUCAACUACAUACAAAUAACUGAAAUAGUAUUAAGAAAACAACUCUAUAUUAACACAACCUACUUUGAGGACUUAACAUUCAUUGGGCUAUUAUCACCUCUAAAAACACUUUUCUUCCUAUUGUUUUUUAUUUGUACAUGACUAGUGCUAUACAAGGUUUUCUGACUUCAGUGUAAUAAGAAUUGGCCGAUUUAAGUUGACAGGUGUACCAAGCAACAAAACAUCUCUAUUGAAAUCUCACUAUUAGUGCUGGAAUAAUGUUUGACAUAAGAGGAGAGUACGAGUGGACUUCAAUUGAAAGGCUUUACUAAAAAAAAAACGUUUUAUAUCCAAUGUUGAGCUAGGAAAAACAUGAGUUUAUAUAUUAUGCCAAAUGUGAGAUCAAAUCUUUUACUCCAUAACUUUGUUCAUGUUAACUCUUUUCUACAAUGUGUUGAAGAAAAACUCAAGAGCACAAGAAAACUAUAAAAAUACAACUGCCCAUGGAGUACUACUAGAGUGAAUAGACUUUUUUUUUUUGUGCUAUAAGCUGAAAUUGGAACUGUGAUGCUAAGCCAUGUAAGAAAAAAUGAUAUUUAAUCAAAAGUUUUGUUUAGGGGCUCUGAAAAUUGCUUGUUUUAUGCUCUUUUACACAAUGCAAAAUACUUGAAGUUGUUAUAUGCUUUUUAAAUUGUUCAUAUAAGUUAGUUGAUUGAUACAAUUAUGACCAUUGGACUGUUGCUAUUAAUAAACUUAUUUGAGAAUAAAUUGUAUUCCAUAGUUAUAA